UCAGCAAUGGAAGAGUUAAUAGUUGAACUGCGCCUCUUUCUUGAACUCCUGGACCAUGAAUAUCUAACAUCAACUGUCAGGGAGAAAAAGGCAGUGAUAACUAACAUUCUGCUGAGGAUACAGUCCUCCAAAGGUUUUGAAGUGAAAGAUCAUGCUCAGAAGCAAGAAACCACGAGCAGCCUGCCAGCCCCUCCUCAGAUGCCUCUGCCGGAGAUCCCUCAGCCCUGGCUGCCUCCCGACAGUGGGCCUCCACCAUUGCCAACAUCCUCUCUCCCGGAAGGUUAUUAUGAGGAAGCUGUGCCCCUGAGCCCUGGAAAAGCUCCGGAGUAUAUCACGUCAAAUUAUGAUUCGGAUGCCAUGAGUAGCUCUUAUGAAUCUUAUGAUGAAGAGGAGGAAGAUGGAAAAGGGAAGAAAACUCGGCACCAGUGGCCGUCUGAGGAGGCCUCGAUGGACCUAGUAAAGGACGCCAAAAUCUGUGCCUUCCUGCUGCGAAAGAAGCGCUUUGGCCAGUGGACCAAGUUACUCUGCGUCAUCAAGGACACCAAACUCCUGUGCUAUAAGAGUUCCAAGGACCAGCAGCCUCAGAUGGAACUGCCCCUCCAAGGCUGUAACAUUACAUACAUCCCCAAAGACAGCAAAAAGAAGAAACAUGAGCUGAAAAUCACUCAGCAAGGCACAGACCCACUUGUUCUCGCAGUCCAGAGCAAGGAGCAGGCGGAGCAGUGGCUGAAGGUGAUCAGAGAAGCCUACAGUGGCUGCAGUGGACCUGUGGAUCCAGAAUGCCUCCCUCCACCCAGCUCCCCGGUGCACAAAGCAGAACUAGAGAAGAAACUGUCUUUGGAGAGACCCAGCUCAGAUGGGGAGGGUGUUGUAGAAAAUGGAAUUACUAUGUGUAAUGGAAAGGAGCAAGUGAAGAGGAAGAAAAGUUCCAAGUCAGACACCAAGGGAACUGUAUCUAAAGUUACUGGGAAAAAAAUUACCAAGAUAAUUGGUCUGGGAAAGAAAAAGCCAUCCACAGACGAGCAGACCUCUUCAGCUGAGGAAGAUGUUCCUACUUGUGGCUAUCUCAAUGUGCUCUCCAAUAAUCGCUGGCGGGAGCGCUGGUGCAGAGUGAAAGACAACAAGCUCAUUUUCCACAAGGACAGGACGGAUCUGAAGACCCACAUUGUUUCAAUCCCUCUCCGAGGCUGUGAGGUGAUCCCAGGCUUGGAUUCCAAGCACCCCCUGACGUUCCGACUGCUUCGCAAUGGCCAGGAGGUUGCAGUGUUAGAGGCAUCUUCUUCUGAAGACAUGGGCAGGUGGAUUGGAAUUUUACUAGCUGAGACGGGGUCGUCCACAGACCCGGGGGCUCUGCACUACGACUACAUAGACGUGGAGAUGUCUGCAAGUGUCAUCCAGACGGCCAAACAGACUUUUUGCUUCAUGAACAGGCGUGUCAUAUCUACCAACCCGUAUCUAGGGGGCACCUCCAACGGCUACGCGCACCCCAGUGGGACAGCGCUGCAUUACGACGAUGUCCCCUGCAUCAACGGCUCGUUGAAGAGCAAAAAGCCCCCAGUGGCAUCUAACGGGGUCACAGGAAAAGGGAAGACUCUGAGCAGUCAGCCAAAAAAAGCAGAUGCAGCGGCCGGUGUGAAACGGACAGCUUCCAAUGCCGACCAGUACAAGUACGGCAAGAACCGGGUAGAAGCAGAUGCCAAGAGGUUACAGACCAAAGAAGAGGAGCUACUCAAGAGGAAAGAAGCCCUGAGGAAUAGGUUGGCCCAGCUCCGAAAAGAAAGGAAAGACCUUCGAGCGGCCAUUGAAGUCAAUGCUGGCAGGAAGACCCAGGGUGUCCUGGAGGACAAGUUGAAGAGGCUGGAGGAGGAGUGUCGGCAGAAAGAAUCAGAGCGUGUCAACCUGGAGCUGGAGCUCACCGAGGUCAAGGAGAGCCUGAAGAAGGCGCUGGCGGGCGGUGUCACUCUGGGGCUGGCCAUUGAGCCUAAGUCGGGGACAUCGAGUCCACAGUCCCCGGUGUUCCGGCAUCGGACUCUGGAGAACUCGCCCAUCUCCAGCUGUGACACGAGUGAUGCAGAGGGCCCCGUGCCAGUGAACAGUGCAGCUGUCUUGAAGAGGAGCCAGCCGGCGCCGGGCAGCUCCCCCUGCCGCGGGCACGUGCUGCGCAAGGCCAAGGAAUGGGAACUGAAGAACGGGACAUAAGGAAUAGGCACGACUGUGUCAGCCUCAGCCAGGGACUGCUUACCUCACCUGAUAUCCUCGCCCCUGUGACCGCAGGAAGCUCUGCCCAGGCUGCCCUGCGCGGCGUGACCUCGGAGGCCUUGCCAUUUGAGUUCUGAUACCAGCACCUACCCCGGCUCACAUGUAUUCCUUCUACUGUAUAUUGGUGCCCUUUAAAAAAUGUACUUGUA